AUAUUCGAUUUCAUUGGCCAUUGCCUUUCUCAUCGGGGCCUCUCAUUGGUUCAUCAAUUCUCCACCCUCUCAUACUGUCUCGCGGUGUCAGAGUGGUAGCAGUGAGAAGCAGAUGCGGGAUUGUGUGUUCACAUUAAAUGUUGCGCGAAGGUAAGGCAGGCUGCCUCUGAAAAUAAACAUUCAUUGGAGAAGCUAGCUAUCUACCUAACCUAUACGCAAGUCAUUGAUUUCAGCAUCCCUGGAUAUUCAGCACGUUAUCUGAACAGGACAUUUAUUGAGCUUCGUCGCAGGUGGUGAGGAGUCGGCCAGUGAGGUAGAUCGCCAGAUGAACUAGAACCAGGGGAGCCCGUGGCCGUGGACAUGACCGCUCCUUUGGGUGUUUUCUGGUGAAUGGAUUAGGAAGACAGCAGGGGGAUGAAAACAACAGUGUGCAGGUCCCCGGGUUCUGCUGCUACAGUGGACUGGUCCCCGGGUUCUGCUGCUACAGUGGACUGUCAUGUCAUGUCAUGAAGGGUUUAUACAGCUCUGGAACCAGCUGGGAGAUAAGCAGGUGUGCUGUGACCAUGCGUUGCCUGGCGGCCCGGGUCAACUACAAGACCCUGAUCGUCAUCUGCGCCCUCUUCACCCUCCUCACCGUGCUGCUGUGGAACCGCUGCUCCAGCGACACCGCCCUGCGCUUCCUCCCGCGGGCCCCACCGCCACCCCCCAGCGCCAAGGGGGGCGAUGCCAGCAUCAGCAGCCAGCAGCAACCCGCGCAGCCCCCAGAGCCGCCGCCCAUAGUAGGCGGAGCCGCCGGCAUCAAGUACGAAGAGAUCGACUGCCUGAUUAACGACGACGUCACGAUAAAGGGUCGGCGGGAGGGCGGUGAAGUGUACUUUCCUUUCAGCUGGCUGGAGAAGUACUUUGAUGUGUACGGCAAGGUGGUGCAGUACGACGGCUACGACCGCUUCGAGUUCCAGCACAGCUACUCCAAGGUGUACGCGCAACGGGAGCCCUACCACCCGGACGGUGUCUUCAUGUCCUUCGAGGCCUACAACGUGGAGGUGCGCGACCGCGUCAAGUGCAUCAGUGGAGUGGAAGGCGUGCCGCUCUCCACCCAGUGGGGUCCCCAGGGCUACUUCUAUGCCAUCCAGAUCGCCCAGUACGGCCUGAGCCACUACAGCAAGAACCUGACGGAGCGGCCACCCCAUGUGGAGCUGUACGACACGGCCGAGGAGAAGGACAACCGUGCUGGCUCCCCCAGCGGGCCCUGGACGGUCCCCAAGGGCUGCAGCCUCACACGGCUCCACGACAAGGGCCGUGCCACAUCCGUGCGCCAGUUCAGUGCCCCAGAGAACUCUGAAGGUGUCUCCCUCCCCCUGGGCAACUCCAAGGACUUUAUAAUCUCCUUCGACCUCAAGUUCACCUCCAACGGAAGCGUGUCUGUGGUGCUGGAGACCACGGAGAAGGGUGCGCCCUUCAUCAUCCACUAUGUCACCUCCGCUCAGCUCAUCGCCUUCAGCGGCCGCGACAUCACCUAUGGCAUCGGGCCGCGUGCCGCCUGGUCCACAGUCACCCGGGACCUGCUGACCGACCUGAGGAAGGGCUUGGGCCUGUCCAACACCAAGGCCGUCAAGGCCACCAAGGUGAUGCCGCGGCGGGUUGUGAGACUGAUAGUCCGCGGGCGCGGCACCAUCGACAAUGUCACCAUCGCCACCACGGCGCACACGGCUGCUUUCUUCGCCGCCAGCGACUGGCUGCUGCGCAACCAGGACGAGCGUGGCGGAUGGCCCAUCAUGGUCACGCGCAAGCUGGGCGAGGGCUUCCGCCCGCUGGAGCCCGGCUGGUACUCAGCCAUGGCGCAGGGCCAGGCCAUGUCGACUCUGGUCCGCGCCUACCUGCUUACCAAGGACCAGACAUACCUCAACGCUGCGCUGCGCGCCACCGGCCCCUACAAGCUGCCCUCUGAUCAGCACGGCGUCAAGGCUGUCUUCAUGAAUAAGUACGACUGGUACGAGGAGUACCCCACUACGCCGGGCUCCUUCGUGCUCAACGGCUUCAUAUACUCGCUGCUCGGUCUCCACGAUUUGGCCGAGACGGCAGGGGAGAAACUAGGGCGGGAAGCGGCCAUGUUGUUCUCUCGGGGCAUGGAGUCGCUCAAGGCCAUGCUGCCUCUGUACGACACGGGCUCGGGCAGCAUCUACGACCUGCGCCACUACAUGCUGGGCACGGCCCCCAACCUGGCACGCUGGGACUACCACACCACGCACAUCAACCAGCUGCAGCUGCUGGCGUCCAUCGACAAUGCGCCCAUCUUCCGGGACGUGGUGAAGCGCUGGAAGAGCUACCUGAAGGGGGGGCGGGCCAAGCACAACUAGGAGCCGGUCCUGGACCAUAAACUCUUUUGGGAGGUGGAAGGGAAUAGGGCGGUUUGUAUGUAUGUCUGUAUGUCUGUAUGUCUGUAUGUAUGUAUGUAUGUAUGUCUGUAUGUCUGUGCAUACAUACCGUGCGUGUGUGUGCAGCCUACGUAGCUAAGUGUGUGUGAUCUGGUAAGGUUACAGAGAGGGUGAAAGGUGCGUUCAGUCUGUUGCAGUCUAAAAGCGGUAAGCGUUUGCUCCAUGCCGUUGCAGUCCCGGGUCUUAUUUUUGCCACUAUAAUUGCAGCUGUGGUCUUUUCCGAGCUAGCUGUUGUAAUUAUGCUCAAACGUAGCUUCAGGGAGUGUGUCUGUGUGUAUGGGAGUAAAAGUAUGUUCCCCACCCUAUUUGGCUCUUCACUAAUCAGCAUGCAGAGAAAGAACAAUGUCUUGAGUGGGUUUAUUGAAUAGCUUUGUUCCAACACUUAUUUUGUUCCUUCACUAGUCUCCCCUCCAAUUUGUAUUUUUUUACUGUUUCAUCUGUGUUUUGGGAUGGCUAAAGAAAUAGCUGACUGAAACCAUACUGUAAAUACUAGAUAGAGUAUGAUAUAAUUAUUUGGAGGAGAGUCUAAUUUAUAAAGACUCUUUUGGAGGAGAAUCUUUCUAAAUUAUGUUUUUUGAAUGAGGUUUUCCCCCGACUGACCAGUUUUCCAACAACAUUGAUAAUAGCUGUUUUGAACGUACCAAAUGUUAUUUUUUGCUCUAUGAAAGUAAACAGUCCACUGAUUGGUGUUCAGAGUUGCAAGAUAAGGAACUACCAUCAUCAUUCACUAGCAAUAGCUCCCCUGGAUUAUGAUCAGUAACCCCAGCUGAUCUAGAAUCAGCUCAUCUAAACCCGAUCCCAACCUAAUAAAAUAUACAGAUCUGACCUGCGAUCAGCUCUUAGGGCCAGCAACAUCUCACCCCCUCUCAUCUCCAGAAAGCAUCCCCAUUCCCAUAGGCCUCAUAACCGCCUCACCACAAUCUCAUCUCGGGGCGAAGAUGGAGCCCUGUGGAGCCCCGUAGGCCUAAUCUGUUCAGGGGGCGUCCGUGUGGCUGCGCUCAGGUCAGUUUGAUUGCUGUGGGACACAGGUUGUAUUUCAGCCCAGCAAUGGGAGGCAGCAUCCCCGAUCCCCGGCCACAACUUGCUUCCAUUACAGCUCCCUGGGGUCGGCCCAUCAUCCUCCACAUGCUGGAGCCAGAGGCAUUAGCUAUAGUCGUUACAUUACAUCCUAUCUUUUCCCACUGCCAGGAAAUGGCCCGCCGCCCCUCAGAGUCUGAGACCGGAGCCCUGUUCAUGUACAUUAAAAAUCCAUCUUGAAUUCUUCCUUAGUGAUUUCACUGAUUUUUAUUUCACCGUAGGUUGAUUUUGUGAACCCUCUCCAGUUGUGAGGGUCUGAUCAGCAAAUGAAAUGUAAAGGAAUUAUGUAAUUUCUCUUUCAGAGUAUUGUUAUGGUUUCAGUAAUGCUGUCAUCAUAUCCAUAUCCUGUUGUUGCAUUCAUUAUCAUUAAUACUAGCUACUACACUAAGUUUAGUUUACUCUAUGAAUAAGCUUGAAAUCAUAUGAAUCAUUUGCUUAUCACUACACUACAAUUCUUGAAACGCGUGUGUGUGAGAGUGGGCAGAUUGAGGCGUCAUGUUGUGUCGAGGAACACUGUCAACAUCUUUAGUUUCUCAACAAGAACAUCGCCUGCGGCUGAGGUUGUUUUGAACGCUGCCCUAAUUCUUGGCACAGGGAGACGCUAGCGGAAAGCAAGCUAAUGACAGUCAGUCUUUCUCCCAGCCGUUAGCAUGUGUGGGCUCAGGCCUGUUUAAUCUCCCUGCCUGGCCUACUGACAGGUGAAUGAGAGCGAAGAGGGUUGCAGAGCCACCUCUAAUUCAGAAAGUUAAUAGGUUUGAGUCUUGCGAGCCUGGCUGUGGUGCAGCCGAGGCAGCAAGGAAUGAUUCAGCUUUUUAACUGGCUGGUGAAAAAUGGCUGGCCAUGACUAAGACGGUUUCACUUCUGACUGAUAUGGAGUCAGAUCAAAGAUGGUUUGUGAAAAGGAUGUUCUGCGGAGGGAUCGGGUUUCACCGUCUCCAACCGGCUGCAGGAAUUCUAAAUUGCGUAAGGGGAUUGAAAUGUUCUUUGUUCAACGGAACACUCCAUUUCUCCCAUUUUCGUAAAUCACUUUUUAACUUGAUAAAGGCGAAAUCCAACGAUUUUAGUAACGUAGGUCUUCGCUCUUUGAGGCGAUGCCAAUGACACAUAAAAUAAUGAAAGGAAAGCCUACUACUGGUGGGAGUCUGGUAUCAACCACUGCUGUCAGAGAGGAAAAGGUCGAAAGAGCUUGGAGUGAGCUCCAUGUUUUCAUUAGAACAUGCAGAGGAAAUGGUUUAGUCAGUGUCAAUGGGGUUUACCUUCGUUUACUACAUCAGUGAAAUUCAGUGUCAGUCGAAGGUGCAGUCGUUCUCAAACUCAAAAGCCCCAACCUUGUGUUUCCUAGCCUGGUCCCAUACCUGUUGUUUUAGCACGACGAUGACCAUAGGAUUUCACCAGAUGGCACAAACACAUCUGGCACCAGGCUGUGUUUCUACCUGCUCCACCUGAUCUCCCAGCUUCCAUGUCAGUCACAGGGUUCAGACGGUCACUGCUUCACCCUCUGUGACCCUUUGCCCUCUUGUGCCCUGCUCUGAUUUCAUUCUGGAGGCAAGGCAUUGGUUGCUGAUGAAUUGCACUCUGAACCUGUCAUAACUUGAGAUCGCCCUGAUUUGGAUAUUCAAUGGAUAUUGUUUGAUUCUCUUAAUCAUUGGUUGAUCAUUUCCAUUCAAUCACAUUUCUUCUCAUGGAUACCACUAUGCAUAUUUCAUACUUACCAUUGGACGGGACUAAGAAAUAAGUACGUUCUUUAAAGGGAAAUUGGGACAGUUAGGCCUACCAAUAGGACCUGUGUUUAUUGAAAGCUUCAUUUUGUUCAUACCAAAGUCUUUAAAAGUCGAGGUUGUUUGAGGUGUUAUUUUUAGUUUCUGCUGAUUUCCAUUAAGAAUUUAGUUUGUCAGUCUCAAGUCUGAGAUAUCACAAGAUGACAAGCGGUAAUGCUUAAACGAGUGUGUCUGCCUUCUCUCCUCAGAGACAACGGGGGGGAAUCAACUGCCUUUCGAAAAAUUUAGUUUUUGAAAUGUAGAUUCUAUAGAGUAGCGUCGGAAGUUAUAGCAAACAGAAGAUAUGUAAAACUCGGCUGUCUAAGGGGAUGUGUGCAACCGUACAACUAGCGUUAGUGCUCAUUCAAAUUUCAAAGGGAAAAAUAGGCUCAUAACUGCAGAUCCUCCUCAAGGGUUGUAUUUUACCAGCUUGUUUUGUUUAGCAUUAGUUUAAAUGGUGGAAGUGUUUGCUUAGGGCAAGCUGUUUUUUGUUUGAGAGUAAAGCACAACCACAGUAACUGCAUUAGUUGGUCUACAUUUCUGUUGGAUUUAGUUUCUUCUGGACAAUGUGCAACGCCUUCCUUUGUGAAAGCUGCUGCUGUUGUUCACUGUUCACUGGAAACUUUCUACAGUCUUUAGUUUCUCUCUUUUCAACUUGAUUCUUUCCACUAUCCUGUAAAUUGACAUGUGCGGAUCACAUGUGACUUAUGCAAUAAAAUGUUGACUGGGUCCCCGCUGCCGAGGGGCGCCCAGAGAGCGGUUGUACAGACAAGCACAAUGUGCACAUGCUACCAUUUUUUUAUGCAGAUGAAGAAAGUGUUUAUAUAAAAGAGUGAAUCUUUGUGCUUAAAAGUCUCUUUUUAAAGUUGUAAAAUAAAGACAUUUUUCUUAGA